CGCCGCCACCGCCCACUCGGGGCUGGCCAGCCUCAGGCGGCCGGGCGGCGGAGAAGGGCCGGGCUGGGCGAGCGCACGCCAUGGCCCCGUGGCUGCAGCUCUGCUCCUUCUUCUUCACGGUCAACGCCUGCCUCAACGGCUCGCAGCUGGCGGUGGCUGCAGGCGGCUCGGGCCGCGCCAGGGGCGCCGACACCUGUGGCUGGAGGGGAGUGGGGCUGGCCAGCAGAAGCAGUGGACUGCACAAUAUCACCUUCAGAUAUGACAACUGUACCACCUACUUGAAUCCAGUGGGGAAACAUGUGAUUUCUGAUGCCCAGAACAUCACAGUCAGCCAGUACUCAUGCCAUGACCAAGUGGCAGUCACCAUUCUGUGGUCUCCAGGGGGCCUUGGCAUUGAAUUCCUCAAAGGAUUUCGAGUAAUACUGGAGGAGCUGAAGUCCGAGGGAAGACAGUGCCAGCAACUGAUUCUAAAGGACCCGAAGCAGCUCGACAGUAGCCUCAAAAGAACGGGAAUGGAAUCUCAGCCUUUCCUGAAUAUGAAAUUUGAAACGGAUUACUUUGUAAAGAUUGUUCCUUUCCCUUCCAUUAAAAAUGAGAGCAAUUACCACCCUUUCUUCUUCAGGACCCGGGCCUGUGACCUGUUGUUACAACCAGACAACUUGGCCUGUAAACCCUUUUGGAAGCCCCGUAACCUGAACAUUACCCAGCAUGGUGCGGACAUGCAGGUGUCCUUUGACCACGCACCACACAGCUUUGGCUUCAGGGUCUUCUACCUUCACUACAAACUCAAGCAUGAAGGCCCCUUUAGGCGGAGGACUUGUAAGCAGGACCAAAAUGCAGAGACGACCAGCUGCCUCCUCCAAAAUGUUUCUCCAGGGGAUUAUGUAAUUGAGCUGGUGGAUGACACUAACACAACAAGGAAAGUGGUGCAGUAUGUUGUAAAGCCAGUGCACUCACCGUGGGCUGGGCCCAUCAGAGCCGUGGCUAUCACCGUGCCGCUCGUGGUCAUAUCAGCCUUUGCGACGCUCUUCACUGUGAUGUGCCGCAAGAAGCAACAAGAAAAUAUAUAUUCACAUUUAGACGAAGAGAGCUCCGAGUCCUCCACAUACCCUGCAGCCCUCCCCAGGGAGAGGUUCCGGCCACGCCCCAAGAUCUUCCUCUGUUACUCCAGUAAAGAUGGCCAGAAUCACAUGAACGUCGUCCAGUGUUUCGCCUAUUUCCUCCAGGACUUCUGUGGUUGCGAGGUGGCUCUCGACCUAUGGGAAGAUUUCAGCCUCUGCAGAGAAGGACAGAAAGAAUGGGUCCUUCAGAAGAUCCAUGAGUCCCAGUUCAUCAUUGUAGUGUGUUCCAAAGGCAUGAAAUACUUCGUAGACAAGAACUACAAACACAAAGGAGGCAGCCGGGGUGUGGGCAAAGGGGACCUCUUCCUGGUGGCUAUGGCAGUCAUUGCCGAAAGGCUCCGCCAAGCCAAGCAGAGUUCAUCUGCCACACUUAGCAAGUUCAUUGCUGUCUACUUUGAUUAUUCCUGUGAGGGAGAUGUCCCCUGCGUCCUGGACUUGAGCACCAAAUACAAACUCAUGGACAACCUUCCCCAGCUUUGUUCCCACCUACACUCAGGAAAACAAGGCCUUCAGGAGCCGGGGCAACAUGCAGGAUACAGCAAUAGAAGGAACUACUUCCGGAGCAAGUCAGGUCGUUCCUUGUAUGUUGCUAUUUGCAAUAUGCACCAGUUUAUUGAUGAGGAGCCUGACUGGUUUGAGAAGCAGUUUGUACCCUUCCAUCCUCCCCCGCUGCGCUAUCGGGAGCCAAUCCUGGAGAAGUUUGACUCAGGCUUGGUUUUAAAUGAUGUCAUCUGCAAACCAGGGUCAGAGAGUGACUUCUGUCUAAAGGCUGAGGCUGCUGUUCUUGGGGCAACUGGGCCAGUUGACCAGUACUCACACCUGGAGAGUCAAUAUGCAGGCCUGGACCAAGAUACUGAGGCCCGAUCUGCCUGUGAUGGUGGUUCCACCUUGCAGCCCCUGCUGCAUGCAGUCAAAGCUGGCAGCCCUUCAGACAUGCCGAGGGACUCGGGCAUCUACGACUCUUCCAUGCCCUCAUCCGAGCUGUCUCUGCCUCUGAUGGAAGGACUCUCUCCUGACCAGAUGGAGACAUCUUCUCUGACAGAGAGCAUAUCUUCCUCCUCUGGCCUAGGUGAGGAGGAUCCUCCUGCCCUCCCUUCCAAGCUCCUCGCCUCUGGCGUGUGCAAAGCAGAACUUGGCUGCCACAGCUGCACUGAGGAAUUCCACGCGGUUGCCCCUUUAUAACAGUGGGGAAGAGUCCAAGCAUUGCCACUUUAGCUGCUGCCUCUCUCUGGUUCCCCAGCUCCUCUCUGGUUAUGUGGCCUACUUGGAGCUGAGGGCUCAUGCAAGGCUAUUUGGAAGGAGAGUCUGGCCAGUACUUGCUCUCCUCUGUUCCAGCCCCUCUACUAGAUAUCUUAGAGAAGUCUCCAGUUUCCUGAAAGCAUAUGGAGCUCUGAAAGGCACAUCCAUUAGAUAUGACGACAGCUGGCUGCAUUGGAUCAGAGCCUAUGCUGGGGGAGGUAGGGAGGAAACAGGUAAAGAAACAGGAAAGCACCUCCACUGGUCAUUCUAACUUCACUGAGCUCUGCAAACUUUACCUACGUAUUCACUUUUGGCUAUGCCGAUUCUACUGCUUUGUGGAAGAAGCACUUUUAACAUCACUGCAGUUACUGGAGUCAAGUGCCAGUCUAGACCCUAGAUCAUACUGCAGAUGUUGCUGCCAUUGUUUUUGAUGUGGAGCUUACAGUGCCAUGAGUGUUAAAUUACCUUUAAGACAAAGGUCAAGAGCACAAAUGACUGUCCAUCCAAUCAUUUUAUGUAUUGCUGGGUGAGGAUGAAGUCCCAGGAAGCAGGCUGACCAUCUUGACCAUUCCGUCUGAAAUGGGUUGGCUGAUGUGCAGAAGAUACCAGAACCUGGACACACAGCCUGCUCUGGGUCUGAGUAGCCAUCAUGUGGGGACCACAGCUGCCUGUUAAGUUUCUGGGUUAUAUUUACAUGCUGUAGUGCAGGUGAUGAUGUCUGGAAACAGAAGACCUUUAUCCAGCUGGGCAGCAGCAUUACUGGAAGCUGCAAUUUGUGCUUUGGCUGCUCUAGCACUGUAUCCUAAAUGUUAGGAGUGAGAAUUCACUGAUACAAUAGUGUGUAGAGGUGGUGGCCAGUUAAUCUGCUGAACUGGAUUUGACUAAUGACAAACCUCCUUUUCCGACGGCAGAAAGGAGAGGAUUGUCACAAAAGUAAAUGUUAUAUUUUUGUGAAUGACUUUUCUACAGAAAUUCUGUUUCCAAAGGAUAAGCAUCUGUUUGUAUCACAUUUAUUGAUUAGAUGUGUGUAGCGUAAUGAGGUGUUAGUCUCUGUGGAAGCCCUUAGCCUCGCCAUGCCCUGGAACACUUGCUGUGAGCAUCCUUCACCUUUGUCAUGGGCGCUGUUGGGUUUUGGCAGCCUGUUUUCUGAGCGUUCUGCCAGAACUGUGGUUUUUCACUCCUUCACCAGACAGGGACCAACAUUGAGUGGGUCGCUGAGAAAGAUCCCAAGGUGGGGUGGGGGUAGGAUGAAGCAGGGCUUUUUAUUCAAGGCAUGUGCUCAGCAGGUGGGCAAAGCAGGCUUGGGCUCCUCCUGGGAAGAAGAGGUUUGUGUGUAUUUUGGAUGCAAAUCCCUCCUCCCUGCUCUGUAAGGGCAGCUGGCAGCUCUUGGGAGAACGUGCUCCUUUUUUCUGCCAGAGAACAGAGCAGCUGCUCAGAGAGACCGUGAGCUACAAGACUGUCUCACCAUAAAACCAUGCAUCUCGGUAGAGGAGAGCCGUCAGUGGUGUCACCUUGGAAUCCAGGAGGAGCAGACAGAGCUCCCACUUCCAUGAGGCUGCCCUGCCUGUUCUCAAUCUCAUCUUAUAUUCUGUGAGGGAGAUUGGUGUGCCCAAAUUGCUAACGAAUGAAAAGUCACUCGGAACAUUAUCAUUAUUUAACUGAAGCCAAGAGAUAUUUUGUGUUCCCAAAGGCGCCAUUAGGAUCUGCUUUUAGGGUAGAUAUUCAAUUUUGCAUGUGGAAUGAAGCAUCUCUGCGAGAGCUGCCCCAAGAACAGUGUGGAUGCCUGUUCCCAGGCCUGCUCAGAGAGUGGAAAUGGAAGGCAAACCACCUCAGCCGUCUAAAAUGCUUGUCUAAAAGUCAGGAUCAGGUGACGUUUUAGUUUGGAUGCUUUUAUUUUGAAAUACAAAUGUUUCUGAUCAACAGACUCAGGUUCUAACGUGCCAGAUAAUGAAAUAUGAUUGCUUAACUCAGAGUAAAUUGAUAAGUGGAUAAUGAAGUGAAACGUCAUUAGUCAAUUUUUUUUUCUCCCAUCCACCUCAUCAUGCUAGGAGUGGGAAUUGUUUUGCAGAUUAAGGCAAAACAUCUGCUCUGAGCCGAGUUGCAUUUUUCUACUUACAGAUUGUUCCAUGCAGUGGAAAUGAUAAGAUAGAAUUCAGAGAAGGGUUCUGCCAAGUCACAGACUUAUUGAUGCUUUGGGGAAACAAGAAGAGGUUACAGAGAUGCACUUAGUCAAAGGCCUGGUCUGAGAGUAGAAAGUAACUUAGAGGGUGUCGCCUGGGUAGGAGUCCAGGGGUGAGUCCAUGGUGCCUGGAAACCAACAAGGCUGCAGGUUAGGAGCUCGUUGUUGACCUGUACAGGCACCUCGCUGGUGCAUCUGAUGCAAUCAGCUCUGCUCGGAGAGUGGGGAGAGAGAAUGCCUAGCCACAGGGCAGCUGGCUGCAAGUAAUGGACCACCUUGAAUGGACCUGGGUGCAGAGGCUCCUUCAGAGGUGGAGACUUUGAGAUUUGAGGCACAUGGAUUCUCAGAAAGAAUCAGAAGGGAUUCUAGUCCAGGCUCGGGUCGUCAGAUGGGACCCAGCUAGGUAAUAAAGGUUUUGUUUUGUUUUGAGCCAGGGUCUCCCUGUAGCCCCAGCUGACCUGGAACUCACUAUGUAGAGCAGGCUGGCCUAAAACUCACAGAGAUCUACCUGCCUCUGCCUCUGCCUCCUGAGUGCUGGGAUUAAAAGUGUGUGCUACCAUGCCCAACUGAGAUUAACUUUUUGAUUGACACACAAUCUAAUUGAAGUCAGUCCUAGGUCAGAAGUUUAAAAAAAAAAUGCUGUCUUUAGUGAUGAUAGUGUCAUUGGAAUCAGCAUGUGGGAAUUUCUGGAUCUCUGAGGACUUAUGUGGUUAUCAGAGUUCAGUUUUGCUACUUCAUAACCACAAGAUUUUUCUUUUGUUGUUACUGAGUUUUCUGACAACCUCUAGUCUUAAGUCCUCUGACUUUUAUUCAACUAAAUAAGAUUAUCCUUCUGUAACUGUGGGAUUACAGGAUUUUCAGUGUGUUUUUUUCUUCCCCAGAGGGAGUGGGGAAGCUAUUUUAUUCCUGGAGAAGAAAUGGCAUACCCUUCUUCCAAAAAGAAAGGAAACCAUGUAGUCCCUAGCUACUUCAACAUUAGAGAGAAACCAUUCUGCCUUUAUUGAGGAAAGGUAGGCAAUGCCAGAGUGAAGGUUUUUAGUGUUCUUUAGUUUCUAUUGUUGGAGAUAGCUGCUCUUAUUCAGGAGAUUCUGUGCCUUUGGGGGCUCCAGUGUCCCCAGGUACAAGGAAAACAUCUGUGUGACGGUCCAUGGCAGUGACACCUUCCCACUCAGAGAUUCUGGGACAUGGUGGGGAUUGGAGUAGACUGAAAAGCCCUGUUUAUCCUACAGGGGGCAGCUCUUCCAAAUGAGUGUCUCCAUGAAGUAUUUCCUGAUCUUCCUAUUCUUCAAGAAAAGCUGAGGAUGUCCAAUUUUUAAAAUUCUAACAACUAGGGCUGGCAAGAUGGCUCAGUGAGUAAAAGCUCUUUUACAAGCCCGAUGACCUAAGUUUGAUUGCUGGAGCCCACAGUGGAAGGAGAAAACUGACUCCUGAAAGUUAAGUCCUUUGACUUCCACAAGCAGGCUAUGGCAGGCACACCUUCCUCCCUACCCCCCAACCUCACAAAUGUAUACACAUACUAAUAGUGAAAAAAAGUACAACUAAAACCAUAAAAUAUUGGCACUUCCACUUUAGAAACUUCUAAAGCGAAUUUAUGAUCAACCGAACAUAUACAGACUUAAUUUUGCCCACCAGCUGCCAGUUUGUGACCUUUGUUUUGUAUGCUGUGAAAUGGCAGCCAUCCACAGUAAUUACAAAUGGCAGGUGCCCCCAGGAGAAGCAGCUGCUAACCUCAUCCUUCAGAGAAACUUGAUGUCUUCUCAAGUUUUUGUUUCUUGACACAAAGUCUAAUGUUGUUGGGGCUGGCCUUGAAUUUCUGAUCCUCCUCUCUCCACUUCUUAAAUGUUAGGAUUACAGGUGUGCACUACCAAGCCCAGCAUGGUUAUGCUUCUGAAUGUAUUUGAAAUGUUUUGAUCACUUCCUUACAUUUCAUAAUGUCUUAAGGGAAAGGCAGGUCAGCUGUUCAUUUCAAAUUCAGGUUUAUACUCCCCCAAAUUAAAAAGCAUGAUGCUGGCAACAGUUUCAUUUAAACUUCAUGACUCCUAGGGCCUUAUUUAUAGCUUAGCUCUAGAUGUAAUCAUGCUUUUAGGUAGUGUGCAAUUCUGAGCUUAGGCCAAGAUAUAAUUAGGAGAAUUAUAUGAGGUGGGGGCAGGGGUUGUAUAGAUACGACCAAGAAUCUUCUAGAGCCCCCUCACACCAGUGCUUUUCAGUGUUCUGGUAACUGGCUGCUUUGGAGGUGUGACACAGGAGAUGGAGAACAACUUUUGUGAUGUUGAGAUACCAGAAGUCACCAAGGGUGUUGGGUCACCCUUGCCACAUCACUACCUUUCCAGGCUCAGGAUGAACGUAAACCAAAGAAGUCUGAUUGCAAGCUGUUAGCUGAUUUGAAUCCGCUUUCAGAAUUUGCAGGCUUGGAGACGCUUAAAUCACCCAGCGUGUUCCCUCCAGGCAGGCUUGCUUGAAUUAUUCCAGACAUGUGGCUGUGGCAGAGAUUCUGGGUCACAGUGAAGAAGAUUCUAACCUCCCUGCUGAUCAGAUAGUUCUUUGUGUAUCUCCCUUGCAGAAAUUCAAACCAGCUUUCUUUUGUUUGGGGUGCAGUGGAGAAAGAGCAGCUGGUCACCUUCCCUGCGUUGAGAACCACAGUAAAGUCAUCCUUCUGGUGUUUUUUUCCAGUGGCAAAUAAUCCCACCCACUUAAAACAUUCUUCACAGCUCUCGUUUUUCAGGAGCUUAAUAAUUUUCACUGUUCUUGAGUUUCUUAGCUUUACGCUCAGUUCAGUUACCCAGACAACACUGCUGCCUUAUUCACAAUGGCGCCUUCUGACAGCCACACUCUGGGUAGGAUCACAGGGACAUUUAUGUAGGCCUGCUCUUGCCACAUUAAAAAUAUAGUGGCACUUUAAAAAACUGGUGCAUCCCUUACUGUUCUGAGGGUAAUUGACUGCCACAUUUUCUUUUUUUCUUUUUUUUUUUUUUUUCUCUUAGUGAUAGUUCUCUCCUGUGGUUUAUUUCCUCUCCAGGGCUAAACUAAUACUUGGUGCUUAUUCCUGAUGUGUUUAAUGUCUUUCUUUAACUUGGGGACACUUUUUUGGGGGGUGGGCUCAUUGAGACCGGAUGUCACUCUAGUUUUGGCUGGCUUAUGUGUGCUCCCUAUGUAGACCAGGCUAGCCUAGAACUCACAGAGAUCCACCUGCCUCUCUGCUUCCCAACCCCUGGGACUAAAGGUGUGGGCCACCACUUGUGUGUUAGGACACACCUUUCAAGACCAGCUCUUGCCUUCUAAGAGGCAGCUAUCCCACAUUCAAAAAUCUAUUUUUACCUGUUUCUAAACUUUACCUUUAUUUGUGAAUCCCAGUAGCACUUAAACGGUGCAGACUUCAGUUGAACCACUAGCUAGCCCAGUGAUACUGGAAGUUGCUAAGUGCUACCCUCCCAUUGAUUGCUGUUGAGGGCUGAUUUGCAAUCACAUUUAAAUACCCCUGGGAGGACCUCUGGGGAAUUCUGGCCAGUUGUCUUCUUUCUUGCUCCUGGGUUAGUCCUUGAAGUUCACCAGGGACCACUGACACCUCCAGGGGUUCUUCUGUGCUCUGGAGCUGCGGCUGUUGGUGGAGCAGGCACUGUUCACACAAUCAAGGACAGAAGGAAUAAUUCUGGCUGCAUAACUGAUAUUUAUAUCAGAAUCAGCCAGGAGCAGCCUUCUGCGGCUGCCAUUGCCUUACACUUAAUGUGAUAAUCUAUUAUUUACAAACAUUUCUCUUCCUCUCAAAAAAAAA